AUGGCCCCGUUCAGCUGGGCCGCCGCCCGGGACAUGGCCGUCAUGACGUCAGCGGUGGUGCUGGCAGCCUGCCACCUGUUCUUCUGCUUCAUCGCGGCCGCGCGAUCCGCGCACCUGGCGCAACCGCCCGGGGGACGCGCCCCGGGCUGCGGCUGGGGCGGCUGCGUGAGUCUGCCGCUUGGCCCGAACGAGGCGGUGGACGUGCCCCGGGAGAAGUACACGGCGGACGCGAGCUUGCUGGAGCAGGUGACGGUGAACUUCGUGGUCACGAUUCUGGUUGCGACGGCUGGGUCGUUGUUGGUAGCGUGGACGCACUGA